AUGUUUAACAGAAAUGGCAAGAAAAAGGAGAAGACACAAAGUAUUGCAUUUUUUCAGCUGUUUCGAUUUGCCACUUGGAAGGACACUUUAAUGAUGGUGGUAGGAGGCUUGUGUGCCUUCAUACAUGGUGCAGCUGGCCCUUUUAUUCUUCUGGUGUAUAGCUGGAUGACCAACACCUUUGUGAGUUAUGAGAUUGAGAUCCAAGAAUUGUCACACGUUAAUAAAACAUGCAUCAACAACACAAUCUACUGGACCAAUGGCUCAAUAUAUGAGAAUUUUGAAAACACCACUGUCUAUUGUGGGGGCGGUAUCGAAGAUCAAAUGACCAUGUUUGCGUAUUACUAUGUUGCAAUUGGAAUAGUCGUCCUGCUUUGCAGUUAUUUACAAACAGCCCUCUGGGUGACAGCAGCUGCAAGUCAAAUUUGUAGAAUCCGGGCAACAUACUUCCAAAAAGUCAUGCAAAUGGAGAUGGGCUGGUUUGACCUCAACUCUGUUGGUGAAUUAAACACAAGGAUAUCUGAUGGCAUCAACAAGAUCAAUGGUGCCAUUGCUAAUCAGAUGCCGGUCUUCAUUGAGAAGAUCUCCACGUUUAUCUUUGGCUUCACGGUGGGCUUCAUAGGGGGAUGGAAGCUGACUGUGGUGGUAAUUGCAGUGAGCCCACUAAUUGGCCUAGGUGCUGGACUGAUGGCUUGGAGUUUGGCCAGAAUGACACAGUGGGAGAUAAAGGCCUAUGCAAAGGCAGGCUCGGUGGCUGAUGAGGUCCUAUCAUCCAUUAGAACAGUGGCAGCCUUUGGAGGAGAGGAGAGGGAAGCUGAAAGGUAUGACACUAGCCUUGUGGAAGCCCAGAACUGGGGUGUGAAAAAAGGCACUAUCAUAGGAGUGUUUCAAGGCUUCAUAUGGUCCAUCAUAUUGCUUUGUUUUGCUUUGGCAUUCUGGUAUGGAUCUAAACUCGUCAUUGACACUAAGGAGCUCUCUCCAGGUGGUCUCAUGCAGGUAUUUUUUGGAGUACUCAUAGCAGCUCUUAACCUGGGCCAAACUUCACCCUGCCUGGAGGCCUUUGCUUCCGGUCUUGCAGCAGCAAAACCUGUCUUUGACACCAUCGACCGGGAACCAGAAAUCAACUGUUUCUCAGAAGAGGGUCACAAAUUAGACCAAGUGAAGGGUGAUAUUGAAUUCCACAAUGUCACAUUUUAUUAUGAUUCUCGGCCCGAGGUCAAGGUUUUAGACAAUGUGAGUUUGCUGAUCAAAUCCGGACAAACUACCGCUUUUGUUGGACCAAGUGGAUCCGGAAAGAGCACUUUAAUCCAGCUAAUCCAGAGGUUUUACAACCCAAACAAAGGAAUGGUGACUUUAGAUGGCCAUGACAUGCGUAGCCUGAAUGUCAGGUGGCUGCGCUCUCUAAUUGGUGUUGUGGAGCAGGAGCCAGCACUGUUUGCCACAACCAUUGCUGAGAAUAUUCGUUACGGUCAACCAGGGGUCGCCACAGAGGAUAUUAUCAAGGCAUCAAAAGAAGCUAAUGCUUAUAAUUUUAUCAUGGACCUGCCACAGAAAUUUGAUACCUUGGUGGGGGAGGGUGGUAGUCAGAUGAGUGGAGGACAAAAGCAGAGGAUUGCCAUUGCCCGAGCUCUGAUACGUAACCCCAAGAUCCUGCUGUUGGACAUGGCCACCUCUGCUUUAGACAAUGAAAGUGAAACUGUCGUCCAGGAGGCAUUGAAUAAGGUGUGCACAGGCAGGACAACCGUCUCCGUCGCCCACCGUUUUUCCACAAUCAGAAAUGCAGAUGUCAUCAUUGGGUUUGAGAAUGGACGAAGUGUGGAGAGGGGAACACACAGUGAGCUUCUAGAAAAGCAGGGUGUCUACUUUACUCUGGUUAGCCUCCAAAACAGUGGGGGCAGUACUUCGGUGGAAGAAAACGAUCUCUUUGUCUGCGAUCUCAAUCCAAAUUGUCUAGAGAUUAUUCACCAGAUGCUAUAUCUAGAAUAUGAGGAUGAUCCGGAGGACGAUAUAGAGCCAGCUUUAGUGGCAUCUAUCUUUAAGUACAACCAAAAAGAAUGGCCUUAUUUACUGCUGGGAUCACUGGGAGCUUCCCUCAAUGGCGCCGUCAGCCCUAUCUAUGCUGUGUUAUUCAGCCAGCUCUUGGGGACGUUUUCCAUCCCCAACUUGAAUGAUCAGAGGCAGCAGAUCAACGGAGUAUGUGUUUUGUUUUGCAUUCUGGCCGGGGCGAGUUUCUUCUCCCAUUUCAUUCAGGGGUAUGCCUUUGCUAAGUCUGGGGAACUGCUCUCCCGCCGCCUAAGGAAAAAGGGAUUUCAGGCCAUGUUAAGACAGGAGAUAGGCUGGUUUGAUGAUCCCAGUAAUAGCGCUGGGGCUCUAACCACCAGACUGGCCACUGAUGCCUCCAUGGUCAAAGGGGCAACAGGACCUCAGAUUGGCUUAGUUGUGAAUUCCUUGACCAAUGUUGGAGCAGCUUUAAUCAUUGCCUUUUACUUCAGCUGGAAGUUAUCUUUGGUGGUUAUGUGCUUCCUGCCACUCAUCGGAGUGUCUAUAGUCCUCCAAGUAAGACUGCUGACAGGUUUUGCAAAUGAAGAUAAGAAAGCAAUGGAAGAUGCGGGUCAGCUGUCCAGUGAUGCUUUUGCCAAAAUCAGAACCAUUGCCAGCCUGGCCAAGGAGAGCGCUUUUGUGGAGCAAUUCCAGCAGCGCCUUGAGUCUCCGUACAAGUCUGCCAAGAAGAGAGCAGUCAUCUAUGGCGUCUCUGUUGGUUUUGCCGAAUGUAUUGUUUUCAUGGCAAAUGCAGCUUCAUUCAGAUAUGGGGGCUAUUUGGUUAGCGCUGAAGGAGUACAUUACAUGGUGGUUUUCAGAGUAAUUUCAGUCUUAGUUGUUGGUGCCACAGCUCUUGGGAAAGCUUCUUCCUUCACCCCGGAUUAUGCCAAAGCCAAGACUGCUGCUGCACAGAUUUUCAAACUACUGGAUCGGAUUCCUAAAAUCAGCAUAAGCCACGCAGAUGGAAAGAAAUGGGACAGCUUUGAAGGUAAAGUGCAGUUUGUCAACUGUAAGUUCACCUAUCCAACACGGCCAGAUAGCCAGGUGCUGAACGGGCUGACGGUGACUGUGACGCCUGGACAGACUUUGGCAUUUGUAGGUAGCAGCGGCUGUGGGAAAAGUACCAGUGUUCAACUGCUGGAGAGGUUCUAUGAUCCUGAUGAGGGGGAAGUGCUGAUUGAUGGUUGCCCAUCUCCGAAAAUUAGCGUGCCCUUCCUGCGGGCUCAGAUUGGCAUAGUGUCCCAGGAGCCAGUGCUGUUUGACUGCAGCAUCGCUGAGAAUAUACGGUAUGGAGACAACACACGCAGCAUUGGCAUGGAGGAGAUUGUUGACGCUGCUAAGAAAGCCUAUCUCCAUGACUUUGUGAUGGCUCUGCCAGAUAAAUACGAGACUCAAGUUGGUUCCCAGGGGUCUCAGCUGUCUAGAGGACAGAAACAACGCAUUGCCAUUGCCCGGGCCAUUGUCAGGAACCCCAGGAUACUUCUGCUUGAUGAAGCCACCUCUGCCCUUGAUUGUGAAAGUGAAAAGACUGUCCAAGACGCUCUGGAUGAAGCCCGAAAUGGACGAACCUGCGUCGUCAUCGCCCACCGACUGUCCACUAUCCAGACUGCUGAUAUCAUAGCAGUGAUGUCUCAGGGAGUUAUCAUAGAGAAGGGCACCCACGACGAACUCAUGGCUAAGAAGGGUGCUUAUUUUAAAUUGGUCACAACAGGGGCUCCUCUAAGCUAGGCCUUAGCAAGGUAGGCCUUAGCAAGGACUUUUUAUGGGCAUGAGGUCCAAGUGUGUGUUAUAUAAUUAAUAUGAUUGAUAUCAAUAUUAUAAUUCUUGUUGUU